GACGUGUCACACUUGUUGUUUUCAUUUGUAUUAUUAAGUGUUUUAUUUAUUUCGUGCCAGAUUGUGAGUCCCAAGCAGCGCCAUGGUCGACGAUAGCACCAGGAAAACACUAAGUAAUAUUCCAUUGUUGCAAAUACGCGCCGGUCCGCGUGAGAAAGACAUAUGGGUGCAGAGACUCAAGGAGGAAUAUCAAGCAUUAAUCAAGUAUGUGGAGAACAACAAGCAAUCUGGCAGCGACUGGUUCCGUCUUGAGUCUAACAAGGAAGGCACCAAAUGGUUCGGCAAGUGCUGGUACAUGCAUAAUCUGCUCAAAUACGAAUUCGAUGUGGAGUUCGACAUUCCAGUGACAUAUCCGACGACGGCACCGGAAAUAGCGCUGCCGGAACUGGACGGCAAGACGGCCAAAAUGUAUCGGGGUGGCAAAAUCUGUCUAACGGAUCACUUCAAGCCACUGUGGGCACGCAAUGUACCCAAGUUCGGCAUAGGCCAUGCCAUGGCCCUCGGCCUGGCGCCCUGGCUGGCUGUGGAAAUACCGGACCUCAUCGAGAAGGGCGUCAUCACGUACAAGGACAACUGUUGAGGCUACAACAGCGGCUUAUUUAGCUAAUUUUUCUUUUAGUCUGACAAUUAUAAUAUGAACAAAAUGUUGUAUAGACAAUUAGCUUCUAUCCUGAUUUUUUUACGUUUUGUAAUGCUUACUGAUUAAUUGUAUACAAAUUGUGUAGUAAAUUUUCAAUA